UUUCCUUUUCAGUGGUCUUACGGAGGGUCUCGCAGGGUCGGGGCCACAGCUCUCACAAAGCCGGCCGGCUGCAGCAAAGCCGCAUCGGGCCCCGCCAUGGACAGCUCGCUGCUGGUCUGGACGCUGCGUAUCAAGGAAACUGAGGUUCUGCUGAUCAGCCGGCAGCAGGAGCGCGAGGCGCAGGUCAAGAAGCGCAAGGCCCUUGAAGACAGCCUGCAGCAGCGGCAGGCUGAGCAGGCGCGGCUGCAGCAGCGCAUUCUGCGGGCGCAGCAGCGGCUGGCGGCGGCGCAGCACGGCGCGUUGCAGCAGGAGGAGCGGGUUCAGGAGUUGCAGGAGAAGGCCGACGCAGGGGAGCCGCUGCUCAGGCUGCGUCAGUCGCUUCGGGCGCUCGAGGCGCGGCGCGACGCCACUGCUGCGGUUGCGGAGGCGGAGGGCCGGCGCUGCGGCGCCUUCGCCGCCGCCGUGGCCGCCCACCGCGCGGCGCUGGAGGAGCCGGUGGGGGACAUGCAGGCGGCGCUGGACAAGGUGCUGCAGCGGCUGUCGUACGCCCGGGCCCACUUCGACGUGUCAGCGCUGCAGGCGCAGCUGGGGGAGGCGCGCAGCCGCCGGGCAGCACUCGCGGAGGAGGCGGCAUCAUUGCGGGCGUCGCUGGAUGCGGCUCGGACCCAAGCCGCGGAGGUGGAGGCGGCGGUGCGGCGGCGGGAGCUCGCCAACGUUGAGGCCGUGCAGAAGAGCCAGGCUGGCCUGCGGGAGGCACGUGCGGCUUUGGCCGCCGCAACGCAGCGCCAGUCGGAGCAGCAGCAGCGGCUGUCCGCCGCCCGGUUGGAGCGAGUGGCGGCGGCGGGUCAGCUGGCGGAGCUGCAGCGGGCCGUGCAGGCGGCGCAAACCACACUGGACUGCCUCACAGGCGGCGGCGGAGGCGGCGGCGGCAGGGGGGAGGCGGUGGCGGCGGCUGGGGAGGCGGCUGCGCACACGGGGCCAGCAGGCGCCGGCGCUCGGGAUGGAGUGGGAAGGAUGGGUGGAGGUGGGGGAGGAGGCGCUGGUGGUGGCGGGGCGGCACCGGAGUCGGGGCCGGGGCCGGCGGGACAGGGGCAGUGGCGGGGUGGUGGCGGCGGGUCAUAACUAAGGGCUGGCGUGUAAAGGCAUGAGGUGGGUAGCCACUGUGACUGUGGGUGGACAGUGGCUGGAUGCGGCGUGGCCAUGAAGCCAGCCGGCAUCGGCGUCAUGCCACUGCGUCUGCGCUGGUGUGGUGUGUAUGGGCAGUCCCCGCACUCAGGCAGCGACAUCAACACCUGCUGGGGCGGCUGUGGGCGCCUUCUGCCACCUGGCUGUUGCCGCCGCGGAUAAUGCUACUGUCAUUCGUUCGCCACAGUGUGGUGGUAGAAGGGCCCCGCAGCCGCCCCAACAGCUGUGAUGAAUGAUGCGGAGGAGACGGGGACUAGCUACCCAUACACACCACACCAGCGCGACGGGCAUUAGGGCCGUGGCAUGACCCCGAUGCCGGUUGGCUUCAUGGGUACGUGCGCCGCCGGCAUGCACUGCCGCCGCAGGCGCCAUCGGCGGCGGGCGGCCAGCAGGCCAUAAUGGGCUCUACCUUCCGCUGCAGUGCGUGGUGUGGUGUGGGUGUGGCCGUGUGGGUGUGGCACACUGAGGUAUGGUGCCUACCUGAAGCGUGAGGCUUCCUCGACUUCGAAUUGUGAGUCUUAAAGCAUCGAUACCAUGAGAGUACUGUUUGAGGCACAGGCAGGGCCGCAUUGGGGAGAACAGUCCUCUUCCGCUUCCCUUGAUCACUUUAUGGGCACGUAGUAAUAGGAA